GUUUAUAUAGCACCUUACCAACCCCCCGGGCUUUCAUAAUAUGUGCCUAUUCGUAUUCAAUUGCAGUGGAUUUUCGCAUUGUUUCUAUACUUAUUUUUUCUAGUGUGCAUUGUGCAUGCAUUAUUUAUUGACAAAUCACUACAUUUAAAAUUCAAAUGAUUCCAUCGAAUAAAAAGUUCUAAGUACAAUUAUUUAUAAAAUGUUAAUACAUUAUUUCGGUUGAUAAUAUUAAUUAUAGUGUUGCAGUAUUUUAUAAACGUGCUCAUUGUAAAAUAAUAUAAAUGAGUAAUACGUGAUAGUUUAUUUAAUAGUUUAAAUGUUUAAAAUAUAACUUAUCAAAUAAUAAAAUCAAUAUUUGUUAGUAACUUUGACAUCGAGUUUUUCGUAUAUUAUUGUGUUAAAAUUCCUUAUAAAUAGCAUUGCAGACUUGCAGAACUAAAUACAAUUUAAGUGAUAUUAAGGUGAUAUUAUUUUAAACCAUGUUGCAUAAUUGUAUGUACUUAUCAGAAUUGCAUUAGACAAGAAACUUCAAGAAAAUAUUACAAAAAAACUUCAAAAUAAUGGCUAAUCAAUACCCUAAAAAACAGAUACCAGCAACCAAAGGAUUAGCAUCGUCUUUUGGGUUCAAAAAAACAACCCAAACCAAUAAGAUCAGACCAAUAUCAGCUCCUAUUCAAUCUGUUGAAAAGCAAAACAAUUUUGAAUCUAAAAUGUUACCCAAACCAAUGUCAACACCUACAGAAAAAUGUUCAAGAAGUAUAGCUAAAAGUAAUACACCUUCUCCCAACAGAUUUGGAUUCUGUAAACCAGCAACAAAACUUGUUCAACCCACUACACUAGUAACACCAAAAAAAGUAGAAGUGGAAAGAAGAAGUCAAUCAGAACCACAAAAAAGGGAAAUUCCUAAACUUUUAUCAAGUGGCACAAAAUUUGCUGUAUCCAGAGUUACCUCUAGUCAUUUACCUAGGCCUCAAAUACCGAUCAGAUAUCAAGUGUCUAAAAGUCCCAAUAAAAGUGCUAAAACGGCUACCAACAUGAGACUAAAAAAUGAAGCAAUUAAACAAAUGCAACAAGGAGUGACCAUUCGAAAGUUAUCCGACUCUGUUGAAUUUACUGAAGUUAUUGCUUUUAAUAGACCAUCAAGGCUUACAAUAAAUUCAAAUGCCAAAGGUUCUUUAAUUAGAGAAAGAGCUAAUAAAUACUUGAGACAAGUAUCAAGUUCAUCUUCAAAACAUUUGACAUCGUCUGAUGACGAUUCAGAUUUAAGCAGUUAUGAAGAGAAACACGACAAAGAGGAGUUUGUAAAAGAAAAGACUGAACCAUUUGAUAGAAAAGAUACAUGUAGUGAUGAAGAAUAUGGACCUGGUGAAGCAUUAGCAGUAGAAGAAUUCACAGAAAUGAAAGAUAAAAUAAAUGUCAUUGAUAAUAAAUUUGCCAAUGUUGAUAUGUCUGUAUCACUACGUGAUGUCUUAUUGAAUAUUGAAGAUACAACAUUUGCUACAUUAGCUGCUAUGUCUUCUACAAUAAGAAUUGAGGAUGAAACAUCACCAGAUGAUGAAUGCUUAAGUCCCACUGAAUCAGAAUCAGCUGAAUUUCCACAUAGUAAGACAGAAUCUACAAAUAAUGACAAACGUGACACUAUGUCUCCAAUUUUGCGAUGCAAUAUCUCCAAAUCUGGUUCUUUUUCAUCAGACACUAGAGAUUUUUUUGAUGAUGAGAUAGCUGAUCAACCUGCACUUAUGUUUAGUGGACCUCCCUCAGAGUCUUGUAAUGCAGAAGACAUUGAUGAUGCUAUAUUUAGACUUGGAAACCAUUCCAGUUGUAACAAAAAAUCCAAAUCCUUAAGGAGAUCACUAAGUGCUGAUGGGUCUUUAAGUGAGAGUCUCAACUCUGAUGACCUGAUGCUUGAUGUUGACUAUGAUCAAGCAGAUGAUAAACUUGUCGAUCCUGAUAAUGAAGACCUAUUGAAAACACUGGAAAACACCAAACAAAAUGCAUUUAAUGAAUGGAAAUCUUUGACAUCUCCGAGAAACAGUAGUAGCUCACUCAAAGAUGAAGUAGUUCCAGUCAAAGAUGAUACAGAUUCCAAAGGCAGCAAUGGGGAUGUGUUAAUGAGUUUCGAUCGAUUUCGAGAGGUAACGGACGACAUAGCGACUAUCAAGAACAUGCUAUUCGAACUAAACCGUGCCCUAAUAGAGGACAAACAAGAUAUAACGUACCCAGAAGACCAGGAAGUCCAUUGUUGUUACGAAAAUCAAAUCUUGGAUUUGAAACAACAGAUAGCUUAUAUGGCACAACAAAUGGAACAGAAGGACCGUACUAUUCAAAUGCUCAACGAACAGAUAGCUCAACGACCACGGCCAUCAAUAACAACAAUAGAAACGAGAAAUGCUGCCACUCAAACAGACAGAUGUCGGUCGACCACAGCUCCAACAUUAUGCACAUUCGAUAGAGAAGGACAGGCAAAUGGUCGUCCUGUAAUAAGGUGCAAUGAUAUGACAGAGAGAUCCAAGUCUGUGUCUGGCAAUCGUAUACGUAUCGGCAUGCUAAAGCACAAAUUUCUCAUGGAUGCAGGAAGAACGUUACCGAAUGUUUGAUUUCUUCCAAACGUUCUCUUCGACCAGUAUUAACAAAAACAUUCCAUGUUUAAGGUUCCAUUAAUAGUUAAAUUUAAAAUAAAAAUUUAAAUUACCAUUUAUUUUCUACAACUAAUAAGUUUAUCUAUUUGUAUUAUAUAAGUUUUGUUUCCAAAUGUAUAAUUUAUGUUCUUUAUAUUUAUAUAUAAAUAUAUAUAAAAUAUAUUUAUUUUUUGUGUAACUUAAAUGUGGGGGUUUUUUUUUGCUUAAAAUAAGUAAUCUUUUUUCCACUUUACCAAAAUCAAACUAGUCAAUCU